CUGGGGAGGAGCUGGGCAGAGUCUAACUGGGGCCCUGCGACUGGAGGCAUGGCAACUCCCAUCGGACAGCAGAUCCACCAGGAGGUGCAGGACUACUAUGGCAAAGAGCUGCAGAAGUCAGAGGACCUCAAAACCAAUGCGUGCAUCACCUCAGCCAGGCCCGUUUCCAAGCUGGUGAGAGAUGCUCUGGAGCGCAUCCAUGAGGAGGUGGUGGCCAGGUACUACGGCUGCGGUCUGGUGAUCCCUGAGUGCCUGACAUCGUGCUGGAUUCUGGACCUGGGCAGUGGCAGCGGCAGGGACUGCUACCUGCUGAGCCAGCUGGUCGGGGAGCAGGGCCACGUCACCGGCAUAGAUAUGACCGAGGGCCAAGUUGAGGUGGCCAAGAAGCACAUUGCCUACCACAUGGAUAAGUUUGGCUACCGAAAGCCGAAUGUGGAGUUCUUCCAUGGUUACAUGGAGAAGCUGGGUGAUGCCGGACUGGCUGACAAGAGCUACGAUAUUGUCAUCUCCAACUGUGUGAUCAACCUUGCCCCUGACAAGAGGGCUGUGCUGCAGGAGGCCUUUCGUGUGCUGAAGCCCGGGGGAGAGAUGUACUUCAGUGACGUCUACGCCAGCCAGCGCCUCAGCGAGACCAUCCGGAAGCACCGGGUGCUGUGGGGAGAAUGCCUGGCAGGAGCCCUGUACUGGAGAGACCUGUACAGCAUGGCUGAGGAGGUGGGGUUCAGCCCCCCGUGCCUGGUCACCGCCAGCCCCAUCACCAUUGGCGACAAGCAGCUGGAGGGCAUUGUCGGCGACUGCCGCUUUGUUUCCGCGACUUACCGCCUGUUCAAGGUGCCGGCUGGCAGCCGGACCGGGCCAGCACAGGUCACCUACAAUGGCGGCAUCGUGGGGCACGAGCGGGAGCUGGUGUUUGAUGCCAACUUCACCUUCAAGGAAGGAGAGGUGGUGAACGUGGAUGCUGAGAUGGCUGCGGUCUUGCGGAGCUCCAGGUUUGCAGAGAAGUUCCUGAUCCGAGCUGGUGGAGCCAACGCUGCAGCACCACAGGGUUGCUGUAGCAAGGGAGUGAAGGAGAAGAUCUGUGAUCCCUUCCAGCUGCUGGAGCGGCUGAGAGCCCCAGGUCCUGCCAGGUGUCCUGGUGGCACCUGUGGUCCCCAGGGUGCUGCUCAGUCUUGAGUGGUGUCCCUACACCCCUGUUGGAAGUCAGUGGAGUGAGAGGCCUUUGCCCCAGUGACGCCUCCCACCAGAGAGCAA